CCCGCUCCCGCCGAAGCCCCCUCCCCUCCCUUCCCAUCGCGCUGCACGCGCGCGCAGGUGCGUGAGGCCGCGCCCGCCCGGGGACCCUGCAGACGCGGGCCCGCCAUGGAGCACAUCCGCACGCCCAAGGUUGAAAAUGUCCGCUUGGUAGAUCGAGUGUCUUGUAAAAAAGCAGCGCUGGGCACUUUAUAUUUGACGGCUACUCAUGUCAUAUUCGUGGAAAAUGCACCGGACACGAGGAAAGAGACCUGGAUUCUUCACAGUCAGAUCUCCACCAUUGAAAAGCAGGCAACAACAGCUACUGGCUGCCCCCUGCUCAUUCGCUGUAAGAACUUCCAGGUUGUGCAACUUGUCAUACCACAGGAGAGAGACUGCCACGACGUGUACAUCUCUCUGAUACGCCUUGCACGGCCAGUGAAAUACGAGGAGUUAUACUGCUUCUCCUUCAAUCCCAAGCUGGAUAAGGAAGAAAGAGAACAGGGCUGGUUGCUGAUUGAUCUUGGUGAAGAAUACAAGAGAAUGGGCCUCCCUGAUAACUAUUGGCAGCUCAGCGAUGUGAAUAGAGACUACAGAGUUUGUGACUCUUACCCCACGGAACUCUAUGUCCCCAAAUCAGCCACAGCACACAUCAUCGUGGGCAGUUCCAAGUUCCGGAGCCGACGGCGAUUCCCCGCCCUCUCUUACUACUGUAAAGAAAGCCAUGCCUCCAUCUGCAGGAGCAGCCAGCCACUUUCUGGCUUCAGUGCUCGGUGUCUGGAGGAUGAACAGAUGCUCCAAGCCAUCAGGAAAGCCAAUCCCGAAAGUGACUUCAUCUAUGUUGUGGACACACGGCCUAAACUUAAUGCAAUGGCAAACCGCGCUGCAGGGAAAGGUUAUGAGGACGAAGACAAUUACUCCAAUAUCAAGUUUCAGUUUAUCGGGAUAGAGAACAUCCAUGUCAUGAGGAACAGCCUUCAGAAAAUGCUGGAAGUGUGUGAACUUAAAUCUCCCUCUAUGAGUGAUUUCCUGUGGGGACUGGAGAACUCAGGCUGGCUAAGGCACAUCAAAGCCAUCAUGGAUGCAGGGAUCUUCAUCGCAAAGGUGGUAUCAGAGGAAGGGGCGAGUGUGCUUGUCCACUGUUCUGAUGGCUGGGACAGGACUGCCCAGGUAUGCUCCGUGGCAAGCCUGCUGCUGGAUCCUUAUUAUCGGACUGUGAAGGGCUUCAUGGUAUUAAUUGAAAAGGACUGGAUUGCCUUUGGACAUAAAUUUAACCAUAGAUAUGGAAAUUUAGAUGGUGACCCAAAAGAAAUCUCUCCGGUAAUCGACCAGUUCAUUGAGUGUGUCUGGCAGUUAAUGGAGCAGUUCCCUUGCGCCUUUGAGUUCAAUGAGAGGUUUUUGAUUCACAUUCAGCAUCAUGUUUAUUCCUGUCAGUUUGGAAACUUCCUAUGUAACAGCCAGAAAGAGAGAAGAGAACUCAAGGUUCAAGAAAGAACCUACUCCCUGUGGUCACACCUGUGGAAGAAUCGGGCUGACUACCUCAAUCCUCUGUUUAGAGCUGAUCACAGUCAGACCCAGGGGAGCCUUCGCCUGCCUGCAGCUCCAUGCAACUUCACAUAUAAGUUUUGGAGUGGGAUGUAUAACCGCUUUGAAAAGGGGAUGCAGCCUCGACAGUCUGUUACAGACUACCUCAUGGCUGUGAAGGAGGAGUCCCAGCAGCUGGAGGAAGAACUGGAGGCCCUAGAAGGAAGGCUGGAAAGAAUUCAGAAAGUCCAUUUCAAUGGCACCAAAGUGAAGGGUAAGCAGAGUGAACCCAGCAAACACUCGGGAUUUUCUACCUCAGACAACAGCACGGCCAACACUCCUCAGGAUUACAGUGGGAACAUGAAGUCCUUCCCAUCUAGGAGUCCUUCCCAGGGUGAUGAAGAUUCUGCUCUGAUUCUAACCCAUGACAACUUGAAGAGCUCAGACCCUGACCUGUCAGGGAACAGCGAUCAGGAAUCUGGGGUGGAGGAUUUGAGCUGUCGAUCUCCAAGUGGUGGUGAGCAUGCUCCCAGCGAAGACAGUGGCAAGGACCGGGACUCUGACGAGGCUGUGUUUCUCACUGCCUGAGGCUUCCCUUUGGAGUUCCAAAGUAAAAGACACAGAAACACUUCCAAAUUACAGGGACAGUGCAAUUCAUAAUAAAGAAUAUCUCAAGAAAUGGCACGUUCCAUCAAGAACCAUAAAAUACAGCUAUGAAAAUUAAAAAAUAAAAAAUAAAAAGAA